UUGGUUUAAUAUGCCUUGACAACAUUGAACAUUGCCCUCACUGUGAAUUGAAAGGUGGAAUACAGCGAAAAUAUGGCUUCGGUUUUCAGCGAUAUCGAAAUGGGGCCUCCAAUAGAGGUUUUUAAGAUGGUUGCAGAAUUUAAUGCGGAUCCACACCCUGAGAAAGUGAAUCUUAGUGUCGGUGCAUAUCGCGGUAACGAUGGAAAACCCUGGGUGCUGCCAGUCGUGCGCACAGUGGAGGCUCAGAUGGCGUCAGAUCAGACCUUGAACCAUGAGUACCUGCCAGUAGCUGGUCUACCGGACUUCAGAACAGGGGCGUGUAAGAUGAUUUUGGGAGAAGAAGAUCCUGCAAUUGUUCAAAACAGGGUGGCAGGCGUUCAAGCAUUGGGAGGAACAGGUGCCCUUAAAGUGGCUGCAGAUUUCCUGAGGCAGAACAUGAAGUAUGAAUAUGUCUAUGUAUCCACACCAACCUGGGAAAACCACAAGAGUCUGUUCACUAAAGCCGGGUUCAAAGUGAAGGAACACCGCUAUUGGAACGCCAAGACCUGCAGCGUCGACCUUGAAGGCAUGUUAGAGGAUCUACGGACUGCCCCACCAAAGUCUGUAGUGAUCCUGCACGCUGUGGCCCACAACCCGACAGGUACCGACCCCACUCAAGAGCAGUGGAAGCAGAUAGCAGACGUCUGUGAAGAGAAGAAACUCUUCGUUUUGAUGGACUGUGCAUACCAGGGCUACACCUCAGGCGACCUGGAUAAGGACGCCUGGUCAUGUCGGUACUUCUCACAGCGGGGCUUUGAGUUCUUUAUCGCCCAGUCAUUCAGCAAGAACUUUGGCCUUUACAACGAGCGUGUGGGUAACCUGUGCGUGGUGUGCAAGGACUCUGAUUCCAAGUCGAAGGUUCUGUCCCAGAUGGAGCUGAAUGUUAGAGUGGUCUGGUCAAACCCUUCCAACCAUGGUGCCAGGAUUGUUGCCACAGUACUCAACAACCCUCCACUCUAUGCUGAAUGGCGUGAGAGUAUCAAGACGAUGGCAAACCGUAUCCUGUUCAUGCGGGAGCAGCUUCACCAGAAGUUGAAGGCUAUCGGUUGCCCGGGAAACUGGGAUCAUAUCGUGCAACAGCAGGGCAUGUUUAGCUAUACAGGACUGAAUGAACAUCAAAGUGAGCAGAUGGUGAAGCGUUUCCAUAUCUACAUGAUGAAGUCAGGCCGUAUCAGCAUGGCCGGUCUCAACUCACAGAACUUGGACUACGUUGCCAAGGCGAUCAACACCGUGGUUACAGAGUCCAUGGGACAGGCACAAAGCAGGAUAUGAAGAAUGAGUGAAUAGGAAUGAAAUAAACUGUAAUCCAGCAAUUUACUGUGUUAACCCGAUUGAACUUGAUCACUGUACAUACAUUGAGCCUUUAUCUGGGAAAACUGGACUUAAUGCAUGUGCAUUAAGUGUUGUCCUAGUUUAGCAUGCGCAUUACUGCGCAUUACUGCACAGGCUAAUCAGGGAUUACACUUUCAGCCAAGACUUGAUUUUUGUUUAGAAGAUACUUCCUUUUAAUAAAAAAUACCAUAAAAGCAAAAAGUAUUGUAUCUGAUAAGCCUGUGUGGACUACACAGACUAGUCUUGGAAACACUUUAUUCAGAUGCAUUAACCAAAGUUUGACCAGAACAAGGCUAAACUAGUAAAAUAAUACGUUUAAUCAUUCCCCUGCUUUUAUUUCAUCAACAUGCACACUUUCUGCUGGCUCCUUAUGUUUGAUGUUUUUGAAUGCUUCAAUUCAGUUAACUGGGGCAAUUGUGUGACUUUCAUUUUUAGCUUGGCGUUUUCGGAGAAAACCCGAGGUAUUGUCAUAGCCAGCUCGUCGAUGUCCGCCGUAGGCGUCGUGCUAAAACCUUAACAUUGGCUCUAAAAUCAAAGCGCUUCCACCUACAACUUUGAAACUUCAUAUGUAGAUGCACCUUGAUGAGUUCUACACGCCAAACCCAUUUUGGGGUCACAAGGUCAAAGGUCAAGGUCACUGUGACCUCUCAAAAAAAUAAAAUAAAAAUAAAUUCUGACAAGCUUUCAUUUAUUCAAAACUGCACCCGUAGCCGAGCGUUGCACCCGUUAUGCGGUGCUCUUGUUUUAUUUUUAAUUCUGUUAGGAAGUGGUGAAUAAAUAAUUUGUUUACCUGUGUGUAGUUUUUUGGGAUGUACAUAACAUAAACACAAGUAACAAUAAUGUUAAUUUUCUAUUUUUGGUUCCUUCGAAAUAGUUUAUGUCUGUUUUGUAAUGUUUAGUUGAAUCUAUUCAGUUUCAAAGUCAUAGUUGCUUCCAUACUUGUGUACUUGUAUAGUUUUGUUAUACCUCUUACAUCUGGUAUUGUCAGUCUAAUUAUUUUUAAAAGGCAUCAAUUAUAAUACUUAUGUAUUUUGCAUGUUUGAACUGCCUUGUUUCAAGUUAUGUGUUGUUUUAUUGAAGUAUAUUCCAUGAAAAUGCUAUUUAAAAGCGCAAAAAUGUCUGUUGAACUACUGGGUAUGUAAAGCAUUUAUCUUUUAGAUACCAAUUAUGUUAUUUUAAUUUAUUCAAGUCAUUAUUCAGGGUUGUAUGGCAGUUCAGUAUUACAGAUUUAUUGUAACUAGUCUUUUUAACCCUUUGCAUGCUGGGAAAUUUGUCGUCUGCUAAAAUGUCGUCUGCUGAAUUUCUAAAAUAAGCAUUUUCUUCAU